AUGCAGGCUUGGGUCUCUGCUUUGGUGACCCUAAUCAUGAUGAUGGUUCUGACUACAGAUACUAAGAUCUAUGAUCGCUGUGAACUGGCACAAAAGCUGGCGAAAGCAGGCCUCAACAAUUUCAUGGGCUACAGCAUUGGAGACUGGCUGUGCAUGGCACACUAUGAAAGUGGAUUUGAUACCUCUUUCUUGAAUCACAAUCUUGAUGGCAGCAGUGAAUAUGGCAUUUUCCAGCUGAAUUCUGCAUGGUGGUGUGAAAAUGGUAUUACACCUACACAUAACCUCUGCCACAUAAGUUGUUAUGAUCUGCGUAAUCGCCAUAUUAAAGAUGAUAUCUUGUGUGCAAAGAAGAUUGUGACGUUACAUAAAGGGAUGAGUGCCUGGGAUACUUGGACACAGUACUGUUCUGGUCAUGAUUUAUCUGAAUGGACCAAAGGAUGUCAUAUAUACUUAAAACCUCACUAUAGGAAAAAUGACUGGUGA